CGCGCACUUCAUGUGUUAUCUACAAGUAAAAAGUGUAAAAUCUGCGAAGUCGCGAUGGUAAUAAUAUGGCGGAUUGUUCAGCCCGUGUAAAACAAAGCACUGCAGCUAACUUCAAGGCAAACAUAAACACAGAUAAGGGAAAAAGUGAUCUACGUUCCUUUUUGGAUGGCCUUCUCAAACUUCAGGAGCCGUUUGACAAACACAAGAAGGAAUGGAGUUCUUUCUUGAUAGCUGGCGGAAAGACUCCGGAGGAAUUCAAAAACACUGUGCGCUCCUACGACUCUCCUACAAUAUGCGGGCUAGUGUGGAAUAGAAAUUUCGUAGCAUAUAGAUGCAGGGAUUGUGGGAUCUCUCCUUGUAUGUCUCUAUGUGCAGACUGUUUUCAUGCUGGUAAUCAUGAAGGGCACGAUUUCAACAUGUUCAAAAGUCAGGCUGGUGGUGCUUGUGAUUGUGGAGACGAGAGUGUAAUGAAGAAAGAAGGGUUUUGUUCAAGGCAUGGCAUCAAAGAGAACAACACACCCCCUUGCCGACCUCCAGAUCAUUUGUUUGCCAUGGCAAGAACUGUAUUGCCGCGACUUUGUAUGCGACUGCAUUACCAGCUUGAACAAGUUGAUAAUGAGUCUUUAGAUACCAACUCUCCUUUGAUGGAAGAUGCUAAUGGAUUAUCAGAAUUCCUUAUUACAAUUUGUGACACAGACAAUAUGAAAAAUGUGAUGGCCGAGUGCUUAAUGGUAGAAAUGCGAAAUGUUGAACCUUCUAACAAGUUAAGGCCAAUGUCCUUUAACACUACAGUUAGUCCACAAACCUCAUCUAGGAGUUCAAUGAUGCCAAAAACCCAAGGAACUACUAUCACAAGGAAAGAAAGCUCCUCCUCGUUUUCGAGUUCCAGCUCCUAUGACAGCUUGGACGAAGAUCAUAGAACAUAUUUGAAUUUCAUGAUGGAUUUUGUUACAAAAUAUGAGUUUCCUCAAAGACUUGUUACAUUUUUGCUUCAUUUGUUGCCUUGUAAAGAAUACAAGGAAUCAUUUACUAAAGUUUUCUGUCAGCAUUAUCAAAUGAUAGCCAGAGCACUUGUAUCGUCUGAUGGUCCUAGUGUAGAGCAACUGUCCAAUCGUGUAGUCCAUGUUAGUGUACAGCUCUUUAGCAACAAGGAGCUUGCAGAAAAGAUGGUUUUAGAGCAGAACCUUUUGCAUGUUAUGGUGAAGGUUUUACAUGACAUGGUCAGGCCUGCCCUGAAGGAAGUCAAGGGUGGAGAUCAGCUGCUUUCAUAUCAACUAGUCGUCAAUUGUGACAACCGAGCAUUAAGUCACCACUGCUACUGGCCAAUCGUCAGUGACUUUAUCAACAUCCUGUCUCAUAAGACGGUUGCAGAGAUGUUUAUGAAGAAUCAUGACCUCAUCAAACAGUGGAUGACAUUCAUACAGUAUCUUACAGGGAUGAACACAACGUAUCGCCAAGUGAUGUCUCACAUAGAGUUUGAACCGACUGUCUACUUCACUUCCUUCUCAGUGGAGCUCGAAGCAGCAUCCUCACCAUUGUGGAGUUUCAUCAGCGGCUGCAGAGUCCUGGAUAGCUCUGUUUGUUUGAAGAACAUGAUUGUUGGUAGUACAGAGGCUCUAUGGAAAUGGUACAAGCACAUUGACUCAAUGCCAAGACAUGGGGAAGUGACAUUUCACCUUCCACUCCAUCGUUAUCUUGCAGGGUUUUUGAGUGUGGCUACCUCUCAUUUUAAAAUGCCACUGCAUGGGAUUAUUCCAAAUCAUGAUCUAUUAAGGCUGAUGGUGGAACAUCUGCUUCAAACUCAGGCAGCUGUCUGUGAGAUAAGGGCCGGUCGAUGGGUACGGAAUGGUGCCCAGAUCAGGAGCCAGGUUCGACUGUAUGAGGAGUGCCAAUUCUGCAACUCUAUGGUAGAUUUGGACAUUUUUAUGCUACAGGUGUGUGCCACAUUCCUCGAUCCUGACUGUUUCCUGAACGCCGUACUUGAGAGGUUUGGUAUCCAACACUGGUUCCAGUUUGGCGAAUCAGCAGUACCUACACCACCCUGUUUUGAUGCAGAAACAGAUAUAACAAUGGUUGAAGGUGUCCUCAACCUCAUCAUCACACUCCUUAGCUUUCGGCAGCAUCUUGGGAUGAACUCAAAGGAAAUAAUUCGCAAGGAGAUGGUUGCUCAGCUAUGUAUGUCUGAUAGAACACACAGUCAGCUAGUUGACUUGAUACCAGACAAACCUGGCCAGUCUCACAAAGUUCAGGAUUUUGAGACAAUCCUAGCUGAGUUGGCAGACUACAAAGCUCCAGGGUUUGAAUGUGGAUGGAUGCAACAGGGGAUGUACACCCCUAAAGAUGAAGUCUGGGAGAAUGAGUUUGACUUCACUCAUGUGGUGCAUAGAGCCAUACAGCGGCAAGACAUCCAGUCUGCCAUGAGCAGAUACUGCACCUUCAUGAGCCGGAGUGGCAAGACAAAUGUGUCGAGCUCAGUCUGGCCACCAUUUCAUUCAUUGAAACCACUUCCCAAGGGCUUUGAGGGUCUACUUAAGCUAUUGCACUGCAAAACUCUGCAUGGACUGCUCUUCUACAUCUUUCACAAGGCAUCAUUGGAUAAAAGUGUCAUGCCAGAAGCAGUGUUGUACAUGGCCACACACCUGACAAGUCUCGCCUUAGACUCAAAACCACCUGUUGGUGCAGCUGAAGUCAAGCCAAAUGUUUUAAGUCUACAUCAGACGGAUGAUAUUGGCAGCCAGAUUGUCUCUAGAUGUAUUGAUUAUCUUGAUGUACAUGGGGAAAAUGUCAAGGGUUUACACCAAGUUGAGGACCUGAGAUCCAUCAAUCAAGAAUUGCUGACACGUCUAUAUCAAAACCCAUCAGCCCCAAUAAAUCCAGAACAAGAUUCAUGCCAUGACGUCUGUGUUGUGAUGGCACAUGCCCUUCAUCAUGUAAUGCAGCCAAAACUCUUCAACUCUUUCCUUCCUUUCAUGGCUGAAGUGCUCACAAGUGCUUUGAAUAAUCAGAGCAACACUCAAGAGAAGGUGUCUCAGUUGCAGCAUAUCCAGUACCUCUUGGAGAUGUUGCCAGCGCAUAGACAAAGGCUGGUCAGAAAGCUGACUGGACAUCUAGUCAGCGUUUCGGAACGCUACAAUAUUCCAACCAAGAAUCUUGUUCUUGUUAGUGAUGAUACUCAGCCAUUGGAGUUAUCCAUGUUACUCAUGUAUCUGGUGAAAUACCAUGACUGGUUAUUCAGGGUGCACUCUGUCCCACCUGGAUGGCCAAGAGGUUUGCCAGACCUUGACUUCCCCUCUGAAAGCAUGGUUGAUAAUGUGAGACACAAGAUCGGACUGGUAAUAGAGCCAGUGCCUAUGAUCACUGAUAGUACACCAUCCACACCCCAGGAUCUAACUUCAGGAUAUCAAGGUGCAUCUGUUGGGGAUACACCUACUCAGGUCAGAGCUGCAGAGAUAACAAAGUUGUCUUUACAACAACAAAGUGACACCACUUUGGAAAAUCUCAUCAAGGCGUUUAUCGCCAUCACAGAGGCUCCAGAACACAUUGCAAGGAGUCUGCUUCGUAGCUGUCGGGGAGACCUGUCUCUAGCCAUAAACAUGCAUCUUAACAUGGAAGAAACGAUGCCAGAUUUGGAACACCAGCCUUCGUCACAACCUGAGGAAGUGUCUAGCAUGUCCUCUCCUGCACAUCCAGUCGGUGGUUGUGUGCCAGGAGGACCAGACAUGCCAUCCUCAUCUCAGCAUCAAGAAGAAGCUGCUUCACCCACUGCGCUGAAUGAGAGCUUGCUCAGUUUGUUGGUGAAACAGAAACUUGCAAUGCAAGAAUCGGCUUCUGACGCAAGUGCCUUAAAUACUGGAAGCGGUCUUUUUUACAUCAACAAGCUACUGGAGAAAGUUAAGCUAUCAAGUCCGGAGAAUGCUCAAGCCGUCGCUAAACUUCUUCCUGAUAGCAAAAGUGUACCACACAAGAUGCAAAGCCCAGGGAGUGAGGCAGAUGACUCGGCAGCAAAAACACUCAGGCGGCAACGAGCGCGUGAAAGACAACAGAAGCUGCUGGCAGAAUUUGCAUCCAAGCAAAAGUCAUUCUUAGAGAAGACCCUGAACGUUGGACAAGAGGCCAUGGAGGUGGACACUGAGGUCGAUGCCCCUGCACCAGAGGAGACUGUGGAGCAGUCAUUUGAGUGUGUCAUUUGCGGCGAAGCAUCUCCUUCUACUGAGGAGAGACCUGUAGGACUUGUAGCACUACUGCAAUCCAGUGCAGUUCUGAGGCACCGGAGUAGGCAUCAUGCCAAGAUCCCGUGCACUGAGAGUGAAACGACACACGCGGAAAACUGCGGCACUGCCGAACGUCAACGCAUGGAUGCCCUCACUCAAUGUUUUACCAAGGAGGCGAGUAUGCGUGCGUCUUCGGUUGGUGCUGACGGUGGGAUUCACAUCCAGACGUGUGGCCACUACUUACACAUUGACUGUCAGCAAUCCUACUUACGCUCUCUUCAGGAGGAGGAGGCGGCCCAGCUGCAUCAAAUGCAUUCCUUCAACUCCAGAAACGGCGAGUUUACAUGUCCACUGUGUAGACAGCUUGGGAACUGUGUCCUUCCUGAGAUACCAGCCAAGAUCAUGGCCUCAAUGGACACAACACUUAAGGAGAUGAAUCACUUGGAAUGCAUAAACUCUAUGAGCGAACGCGUGAAGAAAUAUCAACAGAAGUGUAUGAGCAAGUUGACCGCAUGCGCCCUAAACUUCAGCGUGCUUGGAGCAUCAGUCAAGUCUAUGGUGGAGAUCGCCCUGAUGCUCGAGUCUGGAGACUCGCAGACUUGGUCCCCGGAGAGGAAGUUCGCAUUGCUCUACCAGACUGCUAGAACAAAUAUCGAACUGGAGCAAGUAAACAUGACUGGCAGGUCGACUCAGCGGCGUUCUUGCUUCGGAUCCUUGAUGCGCGCAUUCCAGCUUCACAGUCAGAUUCUUGUUGCACCUCUACUCAGCGUUUGGUCUCAGCUGACAGGUGGUGGCCAUCAUCUUGACCGAGCUCCCAGUACGUUCCAGGAUGCGCCGUUGCUGUUGCGUGACUGUCCAUCCCUCUUGCUGCAGUUCAUAAUGGCUUGGCCAGCACCUUUCUCCUUGAGGGAAUUCCGAUGUCUUGUACAGCUAAUCUAUAACCUGGUUUUCACGCAGGCUCUGGUUGAGGCCUGCUGUAAGUUUGUCGGAGAUGAGAGGCUUUCUUGGCAAGAUACAGGCAAGCGCGCUGCUGCUCAGGAGAAAUCUGGAAAGACGUUGGCUGUAGAUACCUUGCUUGGUUACGUGACCCACUGUCUCGCCUCUAGUAAGCUCUUCAAGGAGAAUAAUUCAUUGAUGGGGUUCACGCAGACGGUGUGGUCUCCUCACACGGUGGAGCAGUCGAUUCGAGACUCGUGCCUACCCUUCCUCGGGCUAGCAAGCCUUGUAUCAUCGCUUUGUUAUAACACGCCCCCGCCUCCACAGUACGAGUUCUACACCUUGGCGUCCAGUCUGGGUCUUUGCCCGGGUUCCUCCACCACUCCAGAGCAUGCCUCGUGUGCAGUCUUUCUUUCCUGGCCACACGCUAAGCCACUCUCGAUCAUCCGCAAGUGGUGCGACGAGCUUUCGGCCGUGACCAGACGAUGUGACAGGAUUAUCCAGGUCACACAGCUACUACCGAAUCUAAAGCAGUGGCCGCCACCGCGACUACUCCAGCUCCCCGAACGAUAUGAUAGCUUGAUCCAGCACUACAGGAAACAGACGUGUCCAAAAUGCUACCAGAAGCCUGAUGACCCUGCCAUCUGCCUGGUAUGCGGUCGCUUCACUUGCCUCCAGGGAACGUGCUGCAUGAGUGGCGAGGAGACGCGCAAGUUUGAAUGUGUCCAGCAUUCGUGUGAGUGUGGGGCUGGCACAGGUCUGUUUCUUAUUGUGCUAUCAUCUGUCAUUAUUAUCAUCCGGGCUUACCGGGUGUGCAUCUGGGGUUCUGUGUACCUGGAUAGCUUUGGAGAGGAGGACCGCGACUUGAGACGCGGCAAGCCAUUAUUUCUCAGCAAGGAGCGUUUCGAUAGACUAGAAGAACAAUGGUUCACGCACAGUUUCGACCACACGUGCAAAAGGUGGAAACGGCACCUGAAUACGCUAUGACACUCUUGGUGUGGUCGGAAUAGAUAGUGCGUGACAGCUUUGCGAGAUCUACUGUGUCACAGCCACACAAAUCGUAUGCCCGGUAUACAGAGUGGAAGUCACACUGUGUGGACAUCUAUGUCAACAAAAGAUGAAAGGGUGUCGAUUUACGUUUGAUGUACCAACAAUGAAAAUGCCUCUUGGAAUACUCGCAAUAUGAAACUCUAGGACUGCUAACCCGUGAAAUACACGAAGUACGAUAUGUAUUAAAGCAGUGUGCACGUUCUCUUUUGAGCCAAAUACUCUUCCACACGUCACAAAUACAUAUAUUUAUGUACAGGUAUAGUUUAAUGGCCAAUAACUUUAGUUUUAUCAAGAUUGUAUAUGCAUGGUAUUUACAUAAUGUAUAAAGUAAUUUAUUGUUGCAAGGACUGCAAUUAGUCCGAACGCUUUUCAGUAUUGAGGACAUAAAAAAUAGAAUAUUAAACUAUGUAAAUUUUUCAAAAA